GCAAGGCAGUAAGCGCGCAGCGACCCGACAACACAGCCGCACAAUGCGACUCUCGCGAGUGAACCUUAUAUAGUGACACACAUUACGGAUUUCUCUUUCUUCUACUAACCAUCCAAAAUGGCUACCUCCGGCGGGAAGGCGCGGAGGGAGGAGCAGAGCGACAAUUCUGACGACGAACUAUCACCGCUAAAUAAUGACACAUAUGGAGGAAGCCAAAGAACAGUACAAGAAACGAAAGGAUGGGACGUUUUCAGAGAAUUCCCGCCAAAGCAGGACAGUGGGUCCAUGGAAAGUCAAAAAUGCUUGGAAUUCACAGUCAGAAUCCUGAAAAUCUUAGCUUAUGCAAUCACAUUUAUUGUAGUACUUGCUUCUGGCGUUGUAGCGAAAGGAACUAUUCUCUUUAUGACUUCCCAGUUAAGAAAAGAUAGAAGACUAGCUUAUUGUAAUAGGAAUUUAGGUAGGGAUAAACAAUUUGUCGUAAGUUUACCAGAUGAAGAGCGUGUGGCCUGGAUGUGGGUGAUUCUGGCUGCGUUUGCGAUACCCGAAGUAGGAACCUUCAUACGAUCUGUUAGGAUAUGUUUCUUCAAGUCAUCAAAGAAGCCAAGAAGCAUACAAUUUAUUGUGGUGUUCAUAGCUGAGUCACUACAUACGAUUGGUCUGGCUUUACUCUUAUUCAAAAUCCUACCCGAAUUAGACGUAGUAAAAGGCGCCAUGAUUACGAAUUGUAUGUGCAUAAUACCAGCAAUACUCGGCCUACUAUCUCGGAACUCGCGAGACUCGAAACGAUUCGUGAAAGUUAUAGUCGACAUGGCGGCUAUAGUUGCUCAAGUUACUGGCUUCAUUGUGUGGCCGCUUCUUGAGAAUAAACCCGUGUUAUGGCUCAUACCAAUCUCAGCUCUAUGCAUAUCUCUUGGAUGGUGGGAAAAUUACGUGACCCGACAGAGUCCUAUUGGUAUAAUGAAAAGUUUGGGUAGACUGAAGGAAAAUUUGAAUCAGUCCCGCUAUUAUAUCUAUAGACUCAUCUCUGUUUGGAAGAUUAUUCUUAUGAUGCUGUGCGUUAUGAUGUGUAUUUGGAUGGAUGGUGAUGAACCAGCGAUGUUUUUCCAAUUGUUCAAUGAAGGUUUUGGGCCACAUAACAUUGUUGUAGAAGAGGUCCAAAUUCAAUUGGGAGGCACAAUAAUUCCCGACUUGGCGAAUGCAACUUUAACAGGGGAUUCUGUAGAGGUAGCGGCAGUACACAAGUCUGCAUUCUACGUCCUUCUAAUACAAGUCUUUGCUGCCUAUUUCACGUAUAUUUUUGGGAAAUUCGCUUGCAAAAUUCUCAUUCAAGGAUUCAGUUAUGCCUUUCCUAUUAACUUGGUCAUUCCGCUAGUCGUUAAUUUAUUAAUAGCAGCUUGUGGCUUAAGGAAUGGUGAUACAUGUUUCUUCCAUGGUACCAUCCCGGAUUACUUGUUCUUCGAAAGCCCACCAGUUUUUAGCCUUAGCGACUUCAUAUCUAGACAGAUGGCGUGGGUGUGGCUGUUAUGGUUGCUCUCUCAAACAUGGAUAACGUUACACAUUUGGACACCUAAAACGGAACGUUUAGCUUCCACUGAGAAACUGUUUAUAUUACCUAUGUACAGCGGAUUGCUCGUUGAUCAAAGUAUGGCACUCAAUAGAAAGAGGGAUGAUCAUAAAGAUGUGAAAACCGAGGACCUCGCUGAAAUAGAAAAGGAAAAGGGCGACGAGUACUACGAAACAAUAUCAGUGCAUACUGACAAUACGAGCUCUGCACCAAGAAUUGUUAAAUCGUCUGACUCUAUUACAAGGAUCUACGCAUGCGCAACUAUGUGGCACGAGACUAGAGACGAAAUGAUGGAGUUCUUGAAGUCAAUUCUAAGGCUGGAUGAAGAUCAGUGUGCUAGGAGAGUUGCCCAGAAGUAUUUAAGAGUUGUGGACCCUGAUUAUUAUGAGUUUGAAACCCAUAUAUAUUUGGACGAUGCCUUUGAAAUAUCAGACCACAGCGACGAUGAUUCUCAAGUCAAUAGAUUCGUGAAACUACUCGUGGAGACCAUUGAUGAAGCGGCUUCAGAAGUGCAUCAGACGAUAAUUCGUGUCCGACCGCCAAAGAAGUACCCUGCGCCGUAUGGAGGAAGACUAACUUGGGUGUUGCCAGGAAAGACUAAAAUGAUAUGCCACUUGAAGGACAAGUCGAAGAUUCGUCACAAAAAACGUUGGUCGCAGGUGAUGUACAUGUACUAUCUUUUGGGACAUCGCCUAAUGGAGCUACCGAUAUCAGUGGACCGUAAAGAACUUAUGGCUGAGAACACGUACUUGUUAACUCUCGACGGAGACAUCGAUUUCCAACCUCACGCCGUCCGUUUACUUGUUGAUUUAAUGAAAAAGAAUAAGAACUUAGGAGCUGCCUGCGGUCGUAUUCAUCCAGUGGGAUCUGGUCCGAUGGUGUGGUAUCAGCUAUUCGAGUACGCUAUUGGUCAUUGGAUGCAAAAGGCUACGGAACACAUGAUUGGCUGCGUACUUUGUAGUCCGGGAUGCUUCUCGCUGUUCAGAGGAAAGGCUUUGAUGGACGACAACGUUAUGAAGAAGUAUACAUUAAAGGCUAAUGAAGCCCGGCAUUACGUACAGUACGAUCAAGGGGAGGACCGUUGGUUAUGCACACUGUUACUACAACGAGGAUACCGAGUAGAAUAUUCAGCUGCAUCCGAUGCGUACACGCACUGUCCCGAAGGCUUCAGCGAGUUCUACAACCAACGUCGUAGAUGGGUGCCCUCGACUAUCGCUAAUAUUAUGGACUUGCUCUUGGAUUACAAACACACGAUCAAAAUUAACGAUAACAUCUCGUCUCCCUACAUUGCAUACCAGAUGAUGUUGAUGGGUGGAACGAUUCUUGGCCCCGGUACUAUAUUCCUUAUGUUGGUGGGAGCUUUUGUAGCUGCUUUUAGGAUUGAUAACUGGACUUCAUUCGAAUACAACCUGUACCCUAUUUUGUUAUUUAUGUUUGUUUGCUUCACGAUGAAAUCAGAUAUUCAGUUGCUGGUCGCGCAAAUUUUAUCCACUGGCUAUGCUAUGAUAAUGAUGGCUGUCAUCGUCGGUACGGCACUUCAAUUAGGCGAGGACGGCAUCGGUUCACCAUCUGCCAUUUUCCUUAUAUCCCUAUCAGGUUCCUUCUUUAUCGCCGCUUGUUUGCAUCCUCAAGAGUUUUGGUGUGUUGUACCGGGCAUUAUAUAUCUGUUAUCUAUCCCCUCUAUGUACUUGCUUUUAAUUUUGUACUCUAUUAUCAAUCUGAACAACGUAUCGUGGGGUACUCGUGAAAUUCAACAGAAGAAAACCAAAAAGGAAAUAGAAGCAGAAAAGAAAGCAGCAGAAGAAGCAAAGAAGAACGCGAGACAGAAAUCACUACUUGGAUUCCUUCAAGGAGUAAAUAGUAACGAAGAAGAAGGUUCUAUUGAAUUUUCUUUUGCGGGAUUGUUUAAAUGUUUACUUUGCACACAUCCUAAAGGGAACGAAGAAAAGGUGCAACUCCUUCAUAUUGCCUCUACACUUGAAAAAUUGGAGAAAAAGAUUGAGAACGUCGAGAGGGUGAUUGAUCCACACGGUCAAACCAGAAGCAGAAAGCUUUCAGUGGGUUUGAGAGGGAGCACUAAUGGUGACGGAUUGGUGACUGUAUCAGAAAGGGAAGAGGAUGAACAUGAUUCGGAUUCCGAAACCGAUACCAUGUCGACAGUGCCAAGAGAAAAGAGAGACGAUUUAAUCAAUCCAUACUGGAUAGAGGACCCAGAUUUGAAGAAAGGAGAAGUUGACUUUUUAAGCCAGUCUGAAUUAGGGUUCUUCAAAGAUUUGAUCGAUAAAUAUUUGUAUCCUAUUGAUGCAAACAAGGAGGAGCAGGCUCGAAUUGCACGUGACUUAUUAGAGCUUCGCAAUAAAUCAGUUUUUGCGUUUGCCAUGUUCAAUGCUUUAUUUAUAUUGAUAGUAUUCUUAUUACAACUCAACAAAGAUCAACUCCACGUGAUUUGGCCUUUGGGAGUAAAGACAAACAUUACAUACAUCGAGGAUACAGGCGAGGUGCUUAUAUCAAAGGAAUAUUUACAACUGGAACCAAUUGGUUUAGUCUUCGUGUUCUUCUUUGCUCUUAUUCUCGUAAUCCAAUUUUCGGCUAUGUUGUUCCAUAGAUUUGGAACUAUUUCACAUAUAUUAGCUUCAACAGAACUUAAUUGGUUCUGCACUAAGAAGGCUGACGAUUUGUCGCAAGAUGCGCUUCUCGAUAAGAAUGCAAUAGCAAUAGUAAAAGAUUUGCAAAAACUUAACGGGUUGGACGACGAAUACGAUAACGACUCUGGGUCGGGUCCACAAAACGUUGGUAGACGCAAGACCAUCCAUAAUUUGGAAAAAGCGAGACAGAAGAAGAGGAACAUCGGCACUUUAGACGUUGCGUUCAAGAAGCGUUUCUUUAAUAUGAACGCAAAUGAUGGUCCAGGCACUCCAGUUUUGAAUCGAAAGAUGACUUUACGCAGAGAGACUUUGAAAGCGUUGGAAACAAGAAGAAAUUCUGUGAUGGCUGAGCGAAGGAAAUCGCAGAUGCAAACACUAGGCGCUAAUAAUGAAUAUGGAGUUACAGGAAUACUUAACAACAACCAUGGCAUCGCCCCACGGCAUCGAACAUCCACUGCCAAUAUAUCGGUGAAAGAUGUCUUUGGUGAACCUAAUGGAGGAAUGGUGAACCGCGGAUACGAAACAACACUAGGCGAUGAUGACGACAGUAAUUCCAUGAGACUUCAACCAAGACAGAACCAAGUCUCUUUCUCAACAAGAUUUCAGUGAUUCGCAUUUUAGUGUUUACGGAAACGUCAAAAUUACGAUUUAUGUAAAAAUUACUAAUCUACGCAAUUUAUGUUUGUGGGGCACAAAACCAUAUAUUGGUCUAUGUGUAAAAUUGUCUUUGUACUAAUGACACUAUGUCACAAUGUCUGAAUAUUACAUCACCUUGACAUUACUCAAACAUGUUCCUUUGUAAUAAAAAACAAACCUUUCUUUUUUUUAGUUCGUUUCGUGAACACUAAGAUGCAAUUUUUUAAUUUUAUCAACGCCUAGUUAAUGCAAUCGUAGAUACUCAUUUAGCAUAGUUAGAAGUUAAUCUUAGGAAUAUUUUAUAGAAUUGACUUGUGAUAUAUUAAGAGAUUUCUUAAUUUUUUAUGACAACGAAAGUUAACAUUUCAUAUUGUUUUCUAGACUUUUUACAUUUCUUAUUACAUAAUAGAUUUAGUAUGUACACUGCCACAUAAACUUUACAAUAUAUGUAAUUUUUAAGACAAUUUUUUAAA